AUGGAUAGACGAUCAGUCUACGGUCCUCGUGAUAGUACUGUAUUAUCUCAACAAGCCCAACAUAGGUCUGACGAUAUUCCAGAUGGUGACCUAGACGCCGUACUAAUUUCACGGCGUGCGGAUGGUAACUUUUGGAGCUACUUUAACCAAAAUAAUAUGUUCGAGCGUGUACAAGAAAUCCUACACCAAAUAGGAUUUUAUGGAGUUUACAGGUGCGGACGCCUUCAAUUAAAUCAACACCUCAUCACUGCAUUAGUGGAGAGGUGGCGAUCGGAGACGCACACUUUUCAUUUUCGUGUAGGAGAAGCCACAAUUACCCUACAAGAUGUACAAAUAAUUUGGGCACUCCCAAUAGACGGUGAGCCGGUGACUGGAAUUGAUUUCGAUCGCACAACACAACAAUGGCAAGAAUAUUGCCUUACUUACAUAGGCUUUAGCCCGGAUGCAAAUGUGUUGAAGGGCUCGAGAUUACAGACAUCGGCAAUUACAUCUCAUUUGGCGGCGGUCGAAAUCACUUAUAAUACUCCCCAGGCUGUCGUCGUCCAGUACGCACGUGCCGUUGCAUUACUUUUAUUUGGGGGAUUGAUGUGCCCAGAUUCCUCAGGUAACUAUGUCUCAUUACUAUAUCUUUCAAAAUUAGAAGAUAUAGAAACCGCGAGGAACUACAGUUGGGGGAGUGCUGUGCUGGCAUUUUUAUAUCGCGAAUUGUGCAAUGCCGGCACAAAAGGCAAAGUGGCAAUUGGUGGAGCGCUGCAAUUGCUACAGGUAAAAUUGACUUAA